ACUAAAACAGCUGACAGACAAGUUGACUGGCCACACAGGUUGUGCAGCUCAACUGUCAAACACUGGCUUACUGGACGCUUUCGCCUCUGGCAAAAAUCCUUAAAAUCAAUAUGCUAAGUAAACCCAGAUAGCAAUAUUAGCUAACGUUAAACGUCUUGUUAAGGUUUCUGCUUACUUACUUGUGUACGCUUUAGUCCGGAAUGCUGCUAGCAGGAGUGGGCUGCUUCCUAGACUCCUACUGCCAGCAGGCUAGCUAGCUAACUGCAAGAAAGCUAGCUGACGCGGCUAUCUACCGUCGAAUGCUAGCUAGCAAGCUAGCUGUUAAGCUGAUUCGACUGUGAGCUAACUUUAGCCGUUAGCUCGCCGGUUAGCUGACCCCAGCAACAACGGGAAGUACGAUAAAUCUGUCAAUUCAACGCCCCGGAACUCGCUGUGUUGCAGGCAAAAACUGGAUCUAACGUUACCGGUGGGACAGACAAGUUAUCAGCAGUGACAGCUUGCACUACAACGCUGACAGGUCAACAACCCAGGAACUUCUUCUUUGCUUCAGAAACGGCAUGAGGGUGGAGUUAGGCUAACUUGCAGCUCAGUGGCCAAUGGAAAGGCCCCAGUAUUAAGAGCAGUACUUAUGAACAGUUAUGUUGUGCAGCACAUGAGAACUGGACUGGGGAGAUGCACCAUCAGAUGCUGAGGAUGAUUUCCCAGGUGUCCUCGUUGAGGGCCCUAUGCUACGUGUUGUUAAUGCCAGGUUUGCUAGAAGCAACAUCUCUGAUGAAAUUAAAGAACCCUGGAGGUAAUGUUAACAUUGACUCUGCCCAGGCACAUGAUUUCCUGACUAACUCUCGCCCAAAGAGGAACGUUGAGCCAAAGUGGUACAAAGGCACUCCUGAUUUCCAGUCCUACUACCGCUUCUACAACAGCAUUGGACACACUGAAGGACUGUAUGAGAUCGACAGGAUCCGGAUGCUGUAUCAGCAGAUGCGUCACUUGGAGCUGACCUACGGCCCAGAUGCCUCCAGUUACCAAAGUGUCAUGGGUGUGCUGACCACCACCGCACCACAAACUACUACCACUCUGCCUCCCCUACCCACCACUACCCCUGGUCCAACACCAGACCCUCUGGAGAAUGCUCCGACGAUCUAUCUGUGUAACCCCAAAGACUCCCUGUGCAAUCCUGCGAUCGUCUACCUGCCAACGGGAGCUGUUCCAGUACUGUGCGACCCACGAGCUAACCCCGACUGCAGGCCCAUAACAGUGGCAGAGAUAAAAGCUGUUGUUCCUGCCAAACCACCCCCACCUCCCCCAACUCCGAAAAAGGUUGUCCCGCCUCCCCCUACUCCUGAGGUCACUGUUAAAGGUAUGGAGUAUGACUGCGAUCCGUACUGGGACCCUGACUGUCUCAUCGAUCAUCCUCCCCGCCCGAUCCAGGAAACAGCCGCAGCGGCACCUGUUGAAGAGAAAGCAGAGACAAAGGAGGAAGCUAAAGUCGAGGAACCCAUCCCUGAAGCUCCAGCCACCGAGGAAGCCCCUGCUUUUGACCCCUAUGAUUUCAAGCGUGACCUUUAUGACCCAUUCCUGUAUGCCGAACCAGCUCCCGAACCAGAGUAAAAACAAAACGCUUAAGAUAUGAUAGUUUUCUAUCCAGGGUACAAAAUUAAAUCGCCAAACCAAACCAAACCAAGGCAAGACUGUGAGCAAAUCCAAAACAAAUAUAUGUGGAUAAAAAGGGUUGAGUUCAAAUCAUGCAAAUAAUACAAUUUCACAGGACUGAUGUGUAAAAUAUUAUUGAACAGUAUGUUAAUAAGUGCAUUUUUCUACAUACUGUUUAACCCAUACAAUGGUUAAUUUGUAUGGGUGUUCAUGAAAUAUGCACAAAAUGCUUUUGUAUGGAAA